AUAGCAGAUAUCCUUUAAUAAUGUCUCUUGAUGAAAGAAAUUUUGAUGACCUUCUUUCAACUAAAGAAGUACGAACUGCUGAGGCUUUGGAUGGAUUAGUUGAACAAAUAAAUAUUAAUAAAGAAAGAACAAUAUAUGAUUUCCUCAGUCAUUCUGGUAGUGAAGAUUUUUUAUGGGCAUUAAUACACAUGCUAUCUUCCAAGACUAUCAGGAUCGCAAGUAAUGCUGCUUAUGUUAUUGGAAGUCUAGCUGAAACCGAGCUUGGAUCACAUAGAAUAUUAUCUUUAACACAUGGGAAAAGGGCUGUUACAAUACUUGAGGACCUGACUAAAAUGUUGACAGUAGAAGAUGCCGAAACAGUAAUGAAUUCAGCGGGUACACUCGGUACAUUGGCGGAAACAGAAGAAGGAAGACAAUGGAUGUUAAGUCAACAAUGCAUUGAAGAAACAAUGAUAAAUAUCACAUUUUUGCUUGGUUCCGAUAAUCAUUGGACAGCGAGUAAUUCUGCUCUUGUUCUUGCAAGAAUCACCAUAUCAGAAUCGGGAAGUCAGGCCAUCCUUGAUCAUCCUCGUUCUAAGUAUAUAUUGACAAGAUUGAUACAAUCACUAGGAAAUGAUACAGCCGGUCGAGGCAUGAAUGCAGCUUUUGCAAUCGGAAGACUUCUUGAUACGAAAAUUGGGAAAGAAAGAUUACUCUACUCACCUGAUGCUGAAAAAAUGAUAAUGUCAUUGUGUCGAAUGUUAACAAAAGGAGACAUGGGCGGAGCUAAAAAUGCAUGUUUUGCUAUCAGUUGCAUGGCGACAGACGUUGAAGGAAAUCAAAGAGUUCUAUCCAAUAAUUUAUUUCAAGAUGUUGUCAACAGGCUCAUUUUGUUGCUUAGCAACACAGAUGACGCAGAGGCAGCUUGGUUUGCUGCAAUGACACUCAGAACCAUAUCAACUCAUAAACAAGGUGUGCUUAGAUUAAGACAAAACAAUGACGUUGAAUCUGCUUUGAUGAAAGUGAAAAAUAAACCAAGGAACUCAAAAGAAUUAAAUGAAGAGAUUGAUAAAACUUUGAUGUAUUUGAAGAAACUAGAUCAACCUGACCCUCCAGUUGUUGAAGUUAUUAAUUCAACUUCAAUUCAAGUUCAAUGGAAACCAGUUAAUACAAACAGUGGAUUGCAGAUUACAUAUAAGCUAUUUAACGGAAAUAAGGUCAUCUACAAAGGCCUUGAUCUUCAAAUAACUGUGAAUGACUUACAACCUUUCACUUCCUAUUCAUUUAAAGUUAGAGCUUCCACACUUGGAGAUGACAGUCCAUUCAGUGACAUGGUUUCAGCAACUACAGAUGAAGAUGUUCCAUCAGCACCAACAUUUCUCAGGAUCAUCGGUGCAACUCCAACACAACUUAGAUUAACCUGGAAUUCUCCUGAACAUCGAAAUGGAAUAUUGAAAGGAUACACAAUAUAUUUGGGUGAAAAAAUAAUGGAUGUGAUAACAGAGAUGUCGUACAUCAUAUCAAGAUUAACACCAGCUACCCGAUACAUUGUACAUGUUUGCGCAUCUACUUCCAAAGGUCUUGGUGAAAGAGCCACAGUAGAGACAGUUACAGAUGAACUUGGAGCUCAUGCACCAGAAAAACCAAAUUUAACAGUUAUUGGACGAAAUGAGAUACAUGUUGCAUGGAUGCCUCCUGCCGUUCCUCUCGGCAGGUUCUUUCGAUACGAGUUGUGUAUGAACGAUCGUGUUGUUUAUCAAGGAACGGACAAAGUGUACAGAGCAACUGGACUUACACCUGAUACAGACUAUGUAUUUGUGGUUGUGGCAAUAACAAGCGAGGGGAAAUGUACGAGCGAACCAACAAAGAAACGAACAUUGAAAGACAAAUCUCAAAUAGAACCAGGACAUCAUAAAUUAAAAACUCAUUCAUUCAUGGCAAAAGAAUUUCAAACCAUGCAAGAAAAAUCAAAAAGCCAAUCCCAUAUAAUUUUACUACAAAAAAAUAAAAGCAAAUUAAAGAAGAAGCAUCCAACACGUCCAAGUUCAACGAUGUCAUCUUCAAAUAUUUCCGAUACAUCUGGAGUUACUCACGGUACAUGGGCACAAAGUGGUGGAGAUAGCUUGACAGAUGAUCUGGCACUUGAAUAUGACUAUACAAAUGAAAUUAAUAAAAAACCAAUAAAGAAAUUUCGCAAUCCUGCUAUAUUAGGGGGUGCACCAGUAAAGAAAAUCACAUCUUCAAAUCUGUCUUCUCAUGAAUCAAAACCAAGUUCUGGUGAUGUUAUACAUUCUAGUCACAUUGGAAGCUCAGGCGAUGAAAAGGGUGUAGCGCAAGAAACCAAGCCGGAUAUAACCGCUACAGACAAAGGUGGAAAAUCUCAACCAAAAGAAUUGGCUUUUAAUAAAGAAAACAUUGUCAAACAUAUAAAAACUUCGACCGCUAGAAACAGAGCAAGGUUACAUAGAGGUCAUGUUAUGAUGAAAGGGAAAAAGGUUUUAAAAUCAGAUAAAGAACUCCUUGCUGAAAUGUCUGGACAAAAUUACCAAAAGUCAGCAAGUCACAACUGGUCUAAACAGCCUGAAACAGGACAAAAGUCAAAGCCAGCACCAUAUUAUCCAGAUAUUGUAUCUGCUAUUAGAAAACAAUAUCCAGCUGAAAAUAUCACAGAUGAUUUGUUGCAUGGUAAAUUAGAACGAAAAAGCCCUGAAAGUCCUGAUAGCUUGGAUGCAGAACCAGGUACAGCACGAUUGAACAACAAAAAUGAUUUGGAUAAUAGUGCGCCAAAAACAGAAGUUCCACCAAUAAAACAAUCUUUGCCUCAUUACCUAACUCGUGAGCGUCACAUAAAUGAAUACCAACUUUAUGAAUAUUCGAGACAUAGAAGUCUUCCCUACAGAUCCCAUCAAGACUAUUCUGCUCCGAGACUUAGUACAAAAUCCACAAAUCUAUACGCGAACCAUAUUGUACUAAAGUCAACUCCAUCUUCUAAAUAUAGUCUGCGGUAUUCACAUCUGAACAAUAGUACAGACACUUCAGAAUCAUCACAAGAUGCUGAGUCAGCAUUUCAAUCUCUUUCGCACAUCCAUGAAUCGACAGAAAAUCAUUCUUCUCAUCGAGCUCAUAUUCAUAAACCUUUGCAUUUAAAACCAUUAACAUCAGAACGCUUGAACAAAUCUUCAUCUGAAAGAAAUUUAAAUCAAGAAUAUCCGCAAGAUUCUCAAACUGUUUCGAAUCGAUUGAAGACUCCUCCAAAAGGAUAUUGGAGUGACCAUGAUAUCAGUCCACCAAAAGGAAGGAAAAAGGCAACAGUUUUAACGCCAAUUAAUUACAAGACUUUUCAAGGAGCUCAUAGGCCAACAAAGUCCAUUCGUCUGGAAUCUCCUCUUGUUACUGGCACAGACACAUGGUUUGUAAAUGACAGUCUUCCUAGUGGGGAUAAUAAUAGAUAUAAAUUUGUUCCAACUCAACUACGAACUCAACCUGCUAAUCUUCCUAUCCAUGGACAAGCCUCAGCAAAGAUAAGUUCAAGAUUUCAAAGACAUCUGAAAUUAGAAGAUUAUAGUGGAUCAAAUAGGAGAACUUUGACUACAGCAGGAGGUCAUACGCCAAGUCCACCAACUCAGAAGAGGCACUCACUAAAAAAUAAGCAACAUGCUUCAGGAGUACCAAACAACUCUUCACAUAAGUUGGUUAGCCAUGACAGAACCAAGCCCUAUAUGUUUCGGAAAUCUAUCGAUGCAAAUCACGAUCUUAUUUCUGGUCCAAGCGUCAAACCAGGCUCGAUUUUAGAUACUUUAAGCCAUCGUCACGGAUAUGAAGGAUCCAGUCAAAGGUCGUCUGCAUAUUCUCACACACAAAGCAAUUUACAAAGUGCAAACACAACUUCCAUUCCGCACACCAUACUUUCACCUUUAACACCAAGUGACCUUUCAACUUCUGCGACACCGACGAAACAUUCCUCGACUCGCACCACAUCUUCAAAAUCACCUCGUCUAAGAAUGACGUCUUCGACUUCACCGUUUUAUCAUACAAAUGUUCCGACAGCGACAGGAUAUGCAAUAUCCCCAUCUAGCUCACUAUCACCCAUCCAUCCGAAUGAUCAAAGCAUAGGACAUUUAGCAAUGCAAAGACAGAUGGCUUUAGUUCCUGGCGGUGGUGAUUUAGUGUAAUACUGCUAAUAUUGUUAUAAAUUGUAUCAACGAUAGACCUGAAGAUUUUGUGAUUACGUAGUUAAGCGGAAAAUUUCAUGAAAUGAUAUUCAAAUUUAUAGUUUGUUGUAGUUUCUUGAAAAAGUAAGAAAGACUUGUUUCAAGGAAUAUAAAUAGAUUUAACUGUGAACUUGACAUUGAAAUAUACAGGUGUUUCAGAAAGUCAUUUCUUUCCACUUGUCAUACAGUCCCCCCAGUUGUAUGAAUCUCACUCCCUAUUAAUACUAUAUCUAUCCUAACCCAGAGCUUAGCAUGAUUCCAUAUCAUAAAUAUAUCCGCACUCUCAGAACAAUGACACAAUUUUGGAUAAGUGUGAUAGAGAGAGGGACAAGUUGGACACAGAAAUUAAAACUCCCUAUCAAUUAUAAUGAAAUGAUCUUUAUUUUAUUAUCAAUUGCACCUAUUUAAUGCUUGCUUCAAAUUAUGAGAAUCUUGGGUUAAAAGUAGAAAUAUGUAUAUUGUUAUCAUUUCUCAAUGGUGGCUUCUGUUUAUACUAGUAACAUUUAUUCCUUUUAUUUCGAAACCACCCCUAUAUCUAAUUUUUUCUUUGUAUUUCGUAUAUUUUCAAUAUUUUUGAACAUUGUUCAUACCAAAAUCGACUUUAUGCUUCUUUAAAAUAUAAUAUUUUUUGUUAUUAUGUAUUUUCCUCAAAUUUUGUGUAACUUUUAUUAUUACUCUUCAAUUUUAUAUCCAACAACACCUCGUUUAUUUACAUGCACUCUUCGAUUACUCUUUUCUAUUAAUUUUUUCCAUCAAUUAGUUUUUUGAAAUAUAUCAGUUUUCAUUUUUCACCAACCGUACGCCAAAGACCAGAUGUUCUUCAAGGAACUAAUUAUUAUAUUUUAUUGUGCAUAAAUUACACAUUUUUGCAAAUGAAUGACCAUUUUUCAAAAUCUAAAUUUGCGCUUGAGAUCAUUAGGAACAGAGCAUGGGUAGUUGUUGAAGUUUAAAGAAAAAAGAAUAAACAUUUCUCUCGUCUACUGAUCAACGAGGCUAGGCAUGAAUCCUUCAUUUUGACCUAUUGUCAACGAAUCCCAACUAUUUUCUGGAAUAGUUUGUUGCUUACUGCUCGUAUUUAUUAUACUGUAAUCUAAUGACACAGUUCCUUCGUUUGCAAGUGUAUUUUAUUAUAUAUAUUAGGUUUAAAUACAUCUUUGCAUACAUCACUGUCUCAGGCAAUUUUAUCUUGUUUCAUAUAAAUAUAUAUAAUUUCGUUUUUAUAAUAAAAUUAAUUAUGGA